AUGGCCGACAUCAACGCCAUUGCGAAGCAGUUCACGGAUUUCUACUAUUCCACUUUUGACUCCAGUCGCGCCGGCUUGCAGAGCCUCUACCGUGACCAUUCGAUGUUGUCCUGGGAAGGCUCGCCGAUCCUUGGCGCAGAGAAUAUCUCUGAGAAGCUGACGUCGCUGCCGUUUGAGCGUGUCCAGCACAAGGUCACCACCCUCGACGCUCAGCCAUCGUCUCCUAGCGUCGCCAGCCUCAUCGUCAGCGUCACCGGGCUCCUGCUUGUCGAUGACAGCACGAACCCCCUCCAGUUCAGCCAGGUGUUCCAGCUUAUCCCUGAUAACGGGAGCUACUAUGUCUACAACGACAUAUUCCGCCUCAACUACGGCGCGUGA